AGUGCCUACGGCCGGGCAACCUGACUCUCUCCGCCAAUACUUUUCUAAUCUGACCAGAGGAACAAAAGCGAGAAAAGAAAACCCGGAAGUCAGUUCCAGUUCCAUAAGCUUCCUCUCUACUCCAGCCAUGGCUUCUGGUCUGCUGUUCAUGCUAGUCUUCUCAACGAUGAGUCUUGUCCCGGCGAUCUCUUCCGAAUCAUUGAUCAAAAUCCCGUCUGAAGGAGCCUUGUUCGGCAAUCGGAAGGUUAGGGUGGACGAUCGUUUGUACUGCGACAGCUGGAGACUCUCCGUAGAAACCAACAACGCCGGAAUAUGGGAACAAAUUCCGGAAAGGUGCACACGGUUCGUGGAGGAUUAUAUGACCGGCGAGCGUUAUCGGUCGGACUCAGAUAUAAUCGCGAGCUUCUCAUCGGCGUUUGCGAAUAAUGUGAAGUUAGGGGGAGACAGAAGAGACGCGUGGGUAUUCGACGUCGACGAGACUCUUCUAUCCAAUUUGCCUUACUACGAGAACCAUGGAUUCGGGUCAGAUAUAUUCAAUGAGACGUCGUUUGAUGAAUGGGUGAGUGUAGCUAAGGCUCCAGCUCUACCAGCCAGUUUGAGAUUGUACAAGGAGCUACAGCAAUUGGGGUUCAAGAUAUUUCUUCUGACUGGGAGAAGUGAAUACCAAAGGGAGGCCACAGAAGCAAACCUUCUAUUUUCAGGAUACAGCAACUGGGAGAGGCUUAUCUUGAGAGGCGAAUUGGACCAAGGAAAACCAGCCACGAUUUACAAAUCAGAGAAGAGACAAGAGUUGGUUGACGAGGGUUACAUAAUUCAUGGGAGCUCAGGAGAUCAGUGGAGUGAUUUAUUGGGUUAUGCUGUGGCCACACGCUCAUUUAAACUCCCCAAUCCAAUGUAUUUUAUUCUUUGACACACCCCCAUUUCUGUAAUAUUGUACUGCAAAACCAUACCAUGCCGGUUACCCACAAGAGUUGACAUUAAGUGAUCUUGCUAGUUGCUAUAUUAUAUGCCC